AGCGAUGCAGCACAUCUGGCUGGCCGUUCUUUCCAGCCUCAGCCUCCGACUGGUCCUCCAGUGCAGAGCUGAGGAAGGACUGGAGUUUCCCAACUUUGAUGGCAAAGACAGGGUACUGGACAUUAACGAGCGCAACUUCAAGAAGGCCCUGAAGAGGUACGACCUGCUGUGCCUAUUCUACCAUGAACCGGUGCCGGCCAACAAGGGCCUGCAGAAGCGGUUCCAGAUGACAGAGCUGGUGCUGGAGCUCACAGCUCAAGUCCUGGAGAACAAAGACAUUGGUUUUGGAAUGGUGGACUCCCAGAGGGAUGUCAAAGUAGCAAAAAAACUGGGUCUGGAAGAGGUGGGAAGUGUGUAUGUGUUCAAGGACGAUCGUGUCAUUGAGUUCGAUGGGGAGCUCUCAGCAGACACCUUGGUGGAAUUUCUCUUAGACGUUCUGGAGGAUCCAGUGGAGAUCAUCAAUAACGCCAUGGAGCUGCGAGCCUUUGAGAGAAUGGAGGAGGACAUUCGGCUCAUUGGCUACUUCAAAGGAGAGGAUUCAUACUACAAAGCUUUUCAGGAAGCUUCAGAAAGAUUUCAACCUUAUAUCAAGUUCUUUGCAACAUUUGACAAAUCCGUUGCCAAACAUCUCUCCCUUAAAAUGAAUGAAGUCAAUUUCUACGAGCCGUUUAUGGAGGAGCCGGCCAUCUUGCCUGGAAGACCUCUGACAGAGAUGGACAUAGUUGAGUUUGUCAACCAACACCGAAGGGCUACACUGAGGAAGCUCCGGGCGGAGAAUAUGUUCGAGACAUGGGAGGAUGAUAUGGAUGGAAUACAUAUUGUUGCUUUUGCUGAAGAGGAAGAUCCAGAUGGCUAUGAGUUCCUGGAGAUCCUGAAAGACGUGGCCAGAGACAACACCAACAAUCCAGAGCUCAGUAUCAUCUGGAUUGAUCCUGAUGAUUUCCCUCUGCUGACCACUUACUGGGAAACAACGUUCAAGCUGGAUCUGUUCAGACCCCAGAUUGGUGUGGUCAACGUCACGGAUGCGGACAGCGUUUGGUUGGACAUGUCUAACGACGAGGACCUGCCCACGGCGGAGGAACUGGAGGACUGGAUUGAGGAUGUCCUGUCAGGGAGGGUGAACACGGAGGACGACGACGAAUUCGCAUACGACCAGGAAGACGAGCACUAUGUUUUAGAAGAAGAUGAGAGUCCUGAGCCGGAUGAGGACGACGACGGGGAUGAUUAGAUCAUUUUGAAUGAUUGAAGAAGGACGAAACAGAUUGUAAUCUUAGGAGAAAAGUGAGACAAGCAUGAUAUUACCAGAGGGACGUUUGUGGCCUAAUUUAGCCUGUUCUGUAAAGCUGUAAUUCUGUUAAACAACAAGGAACGUGUCCUUUAAUUGGUUCCUCUUUUCAAGGGAAAAUUGGUGCAACAAAAGAAAAUGGGACCA